CGCUGUUGUUUCCCGUCGGUGUUGCAGUACUUAUAGUCAACAGGAACCGGAGGAGCAGCAGCUCUUGUCGCAAACCCUCAUUACAGAUCAGCAGAGGGGAGCCGGUAACCCGCAGGAGCAGCCUGCCACACUGUGGUCUCCCUCCUGUAAAAGGUGGUGAUUAUGCGGCUGGGACGGCGUCUGUAGCGCGGCUUUAACAGAUCUCAGUCCAGGCUUUUGGAGGCGCAUUCCUCGGAGCGUGCCUGGUGAUGGAGGGCCGUGGAGCUCCCACUGAGGUCCUCCUGCAGCGUCCCUGGCUUCCCGUGAGCGUCAGCGGGUGCCAGCUACUCGCCAAGAGCUGGUUUGGGGAAACUGCGUACCACGUCCUGCUGACAGACAUGCACUGUGUGUGGGAGGAGAGGAUGGACUCAGCUGCCAUCCAGAAGAGAGCGCAGGAGCUGAACAGACGUUUGCGAGCCCCCGUCAAAGCUUUCUUCUCACACCUGUGCGAGGUGGCUCAGCCGUGUCUGUCGGGAAGUGACGGGCGGGCCGACAGCGAGGCCCAGAUUUCCCUGACGCGACAGGAGGACGGCGGCAACGUCAGCAUGAAGCUGAAGAGUGAGCUGGCAGGGCUGCCCUUCUACUGGGAGUUUGACUGCACCCCCGCCCCCGUCACUGUGAACACGGGAGUUGUUCGUCUAACGUUAGUUGCCUCGGUAGAUCAGCAACUUUGUGAGGUGUGUGUCCAGCUGGUGCGCCCCCUGCUGGCCAUGAGCCACCUGCUGCAGCGGCAGGUGAAGCAGCUCGGAGGUCUGCUGGUGAGGAAGGACGCGGAGAUCCAGGACUACAGAGAGAACGGAGCCACGCUCAGCAGAGAGCGGCUGCAGACGGAUGUUUUUGAGGAGCAAGCCUACAAAGAGGACUUCAUGUCAAAGGCUCUUCCUCUGCUGUGCUCUGAGCAGCAGCACUCUCUGGACUUGGACGGCGAGUUUCAACACCUGUACGCGGCCGUCACACAGACGCGGAAACGCAAACGGCAAACCGAAGAGGAGCCGCCACCGCCAACGCCCGCUGAAGAACUGGACCUCCUCGCCUCAUCUCUGGGUGCAUCUGUCAGCAGCGAGGACCGGCAGGAGGAGGAAGCAGCUGGAGCCAAGACGGCCGACAGACCGACGGUGCAGCAGUCUCUUCCCGUCACGUCCAACGCCGCACAGCGACCGUCCUCCAAACCAAAGAAGAAGAAAGUCGGACUGUUCAGAUGAGUCUCGAGCAGUAAACACGCGACAAAGACGCCAAUUAAGAACUUUAACCCCGACGGAGCUAUUUCUUAAUUUUUU